AUGGAAUGGUGCUGCGGGUCCGACUCGGUCACACUGCAAUACUGCGAUACUGCUCGCUGCGGGCAUUAGCAAAAACAUAGAGAGAGUAGAUAGAUGCAAACAUGGUUUUAUAGCGCAAAUCACAUACAAUCGCACUGGACAUCUGGGAACUUGAACCAUCGACCUGCCAGAGGCAAAGGCUCUCCCGUAAGGUUAUCCUGGGUAGCUAGGGAAACACAAUGGCGUAUGGCUGGAACGGAUGCGGAAUGGGCGUGCAGGUGAACGGAAGCAACGGCGCCAUAGGCUUAUCCUCGAAGUAUUCCCGCAACACGGAGCUGCGACGCGUCGAGGACAAUGACAUUUACCGGCUUGCCAAAAUACUAGACGAGAACUCAUGCUGGCGCAAACUGAUGUCGAUCAUACCCAAGGGCAUGGAUGUGCAGGCCUGCAGCGGAGCCGGAUGCCUAAAUUUUCCGGCGGAAAUCAAAAAGGGAUUUAAGUACACUGCGCAGGACGUGUUCCAGAUUGACGAGGCUGCGAACCGACUACCGCCGGACCAAAGCAAGUCCCAGAUGAUGAUCGACGAGUGGAAGACCUCUGGCAAGCUCAACGAGCGGCCCACGGUUGGGGUGUUGCUCCAACUUCUGGUGCAGGCAGAGCUCUUCAGUGCGGCAGACUUUGUGGCACUAGACUUCCUAAACGAGUCCACCCCUGCUCGGCCCGUUGACGGUCCCGGUGCGCUUAUAAGCCUUGAGCUGCUGGAAGAGGAAAUGGAAGUGGACAACGAGGGGCUGAGCCUUAAAUACCAGCCAAGCACUGCCACUCUUGGGGCGGCCGCUCAAGGUAGCGUUGGCCUCAACCUGGACAACUUUGAAAAAGACAUUGUGAGGCAGGACAAGAGUGUGCCGCAGCCGUCAGGAAACACCCCUCCCAUAGCGCCACCUCGACGACAGCCAAGGAGUGCUACUAACUCCAACUUUGCCACAUUGACAGGCACCGGGACCACGUCGACGACCAUCCCGAAUGUGCCCAAUCUGACAAUUCUCAAUCCCAGCGAACAAAUUCAAGAGCCAGUGCUGCAGCCACGACCGCUGAACAUCCCCGAUCUGUCUAUACUCAUUGCGAACUCUGGUGAUUUGGGGGCAACUGUGUCGGACAACCCAAGCAACAGAACUAGCUCAACGGAUCCGCCAAACAUUCCGCGAAUCACUCUUUUAAUUGAGAAUUCUGGAGAUGUAAGCUCUCGACCAAAUCACGCUCCAGCGAAAGCUCCAACGGCUACCACAUCAACGGUGUGCUCGAACAACUUGCCAAUGAUAAGCGCCUUGAACAUAAGUAAAGACAGCAGGGAGACUUUGCGUCCUGAGAGCAGAAGCAGCUCCAGCAGCUUGAGCAAAGAUGAUGACGAUGAUAACGAUGGUGAGGAGGAUGGAGAGGAAGAGUACCCAGAUGCCUUCUUGCCAAACCUGAGUAACUCAGAGCAGCAGAACUCAAACAAUGACUCCAGCCUGACAACGGUUACUGGCACCAGCGGUGAUAACAGCUUUGAGCUGACCAACGACUCCAGCUCCACCUCAAACGACGAUUACGCUUGCAACAUUCCAGACUUGAGUGAGCUGCAGCAAUAGAUAAAAGCACCGCCCAUCGGAGCGGAGAUGACAUUCCCUUCGAUAACUUAUGCAACCCAGAUGUAUUUAUUUGUGUGUCCAUAUUGGCAGCUGGGUGUGGACCUUCUUAUGUUAUGCAUGAGGUCCAACUAGAAUCUAAGAUUCAGUGCAAGAUUUGUUCAUAUCACGUCGGUAGCCGUGACAGUACAUGACAAGUACGGCAAUAUCAAAUAUUUCCGUUUCAAGAAAGCCAUAACCCAAUACCAAAAUUUAACAAAUUUUGUAUACUUACAAAAUACUCCUUCUUUUUCUAGUAUAAAUUUCCUUAAACGCAAAAUGGGUUUCUGUGACAGUUUUGUCUUGGGACAAACUGCGAUUUCAUGACAUUGGCCGUUAUUAAUUGAUUGUUGCCUAAAAUAUUUCACAAGUAAGAUAUAAUGGCUAAAUACAAAUAAAAUAUUUUUGAAAACAUUA